ACGGGCAUCGUGUAGCACCGGGGCUUCCGCCGGAUAAUAACGCCUUAUCAUUUAUUUGACGCAAUUAGACGCGUUCAUUUUCUUCGCUUCGGUAUUUGAAGGUUUACACACGAACUAUUUUUAAACACGUUUUGAUUUUUUUUUAAAAAAAAAACUAUUAUUAUUACCAUCUUGGUUUCGUUUUACCACGCAGGAAAUCUCGCCACACUCUCUCCAGCAGGCGACGCGUGUCCGUCUCUUAUCUCUUUUUCCUGCAGGCGAGUCCGGGCAAUUUCCCCCUCAGAGACCAGCUCACCCGAAACCUACCCAGGAUCCCCCCUCCACCUCCUUUUUUUUUUUUAAAUCGCAUCCCUUCCAUUUUAAUGGUGACGUUGCACUAAUCUGCAGGAGGGAGUCCGGGCCUCGCUGGGGGCUUUGGACUGACACGGAGCAACUUUCGCUUCAUCGCCAGAUCCUGGGAGUCGCGAAAGGGAGGGAGCGCCGCGUACGGGAACCGUAAUAACACCGUCACCGCCGUCGCUAAGAACAACGAAAAGCCGGUGAUGAAACUUUAAAUCGUUAAAGAAUCAGGGAGCUGACGGUUAGGUACGGUCUCGGUGGUUUUUCUGUUGCCUUCGGUAAAGGGGGAUGCUGUCAAACUGAACCCCUCCCCCCCCCCCCGUCGCUGGUCUCUGCCCCACGACUGUCUGUCAGUGUUCAGUGUAAAAGAUGGCAGCGAGCUGGCAGGAGGUGGCGACUAGGCAGGCCGAGGAGAUAUCCAGCCGCCUGCGGGAGUUGCUGUCCUCCGGCCUGGGCCUGCUCCGCUCCGAGCUCGGGGUGGACCUGGGUCUGAAGCCGGAGCUGUACCCGUCGUGGGUGCUACUGCUGCUCACGGCCUUCCUCGGGCUGCUGGGGGUCGCGGCCGUGUGGGCCGCGGCCUGCGCCGGGCUCGUCGGGGGCAGGAAGCGAGGGGCCAGAGCGGCCGAGCCGACCAGCCAGGGCGCAAAGGCCGCGGCGGCCAAGGCGGGCAAGCCCGAGGAGCAGAAGAAGAGGAACAAAAAGAAACCUGUUGAUAAGAAAGCCCAGCCGAACGGACGCACAAUUGUUGAGCUGCAGGAAGAUGAUGUCAAAGCCGCGGCAGAAGACGUCUUGAAACAGGCGGCAGAGGUGAAGACCGAAAAGACGAAGAAGAACAAGAAGAAGCCAAAAGCUGAAGCAAAGCAGGCGCAGAAUGCUUCUUCGGCGGAUGGAAAAGAACCGGAUGAAGGUAUCGUUUCACCUUUGUGUCAUUUUUUUGUAAUAUCACCUCUUUUCUCAGGUGAUCUGCAUCGUAACAAGCCCGGGAAAGAUGCUGUCAUAUCUCAGGUGUCGGCCAGCUGGACCGAGGCGCCGGCGGUCAACGGGGGCGGCUGGAAUGACAUGGCCAUGAAGCUGCCAGCUCAGCUGUCGAGCGUCAACGGGGAGACCUGGAGCAGCGCCUCGGAAGCACCUCCCAGGAGGAGCCUGGAGCCCGCGGCGUGGGGCCAGGGCACAGAAGGUUCAUGGACCACAGUAGAUGCAAGAAUGAAGAAGCCAGAUCUGAAUCCCUCAUCUUUCACCGCUCUUGGGUUAACUCCUGCUGUUACUGGUGCAGAACCAGGAUCCCAGACUAACACUGACCUGCAGUGGGAUGGUGGCCAACAUAAAGUGGCGGAUGAGUGGUCUGGCUUAAAUGGGCUUUCCUCGGUGGACCCCACCUCAGACUGGAACGCUCCCGCCGAGCUCUGGGGGAACUAUGAGGAGGAGCCGGAGGCCCAGACUCCUGCCCAGCCCCAGGAGCCGGAGACCGAGCUGCAGAAGCCAUGGUGCUGUGGGAUAUAUGAACGGGUGACGAUGACGCUGUGCCGUUGUGCUCUUCAGGUCCGGACGGAGCGGGCUGUUCCCGCAGUGACCCCGCUGUCCGCUCCCGUGCAGGAGAGGGUUUCCCAGAAGACCCCUUCACAAGUGCCACAGAGGCCGUCGGGCCCAGAGCCUGCAGUUCCCACUGCGAAACAGAACAGCGUGCCUCCACCUUCACAGAAAAAAACGGAAGAGAACUGGGAGUCACCAAAGCAAGUCAAGAAGAAGAAGAAGGCGAGACGGGAAACAUGAGUUGGAACCUGAGUAGAGAUGAAUAAUAUGCAAAAUGAUUUUGAAGAAAUUCAUGUUUAUGCAAUAAUUUGAAAGUGUACAGAAUUUUCUACAAAUUUUGACUGUACUUUUAUAACAUUCAGAAUUGAACUGUAGUCCUGACCAGCUUUGUCCUGAGCCAACCAGGACUCAUGAAUUGCAUCUAACAUCUGUGUGCUGCAAGCAAUGCUGCAGGUGAGGAUUUCCAGGAGGUGUAAACCAUUAAAAAUGAUAUCUGGUUGGGCACAAGGUCAAUUUUUUUUUUUAAUUUACAUUAAAAUAGUUUUGGGUGAUGUACGUCCAUUAACCCUAAAAAAUUACGUUAUUGUACGACUAGUAUUUGCAGUGAAAUAAAGACUACAAAGGAGAACAAAUCCUCAAGUUGCUACCAUAGGCCUACCCUUUUUUUUUUUACACUUCACAUAUUGCACAUGAUAAGGCGAUAAGUUCUAGUCAAGCAACUCGGACAUAAAAGCAGUCAAAAUGUGAAGUUCCUCACUUAGGAAAUAGAAGGCAAAGAAAUGUGUAUCCAGCAUGUAGCUGGCUAAUUCUAAUCAAUGCCUGCGAUUAAGGAAUAUCUCUUUCUGGGGAUGUUUCUUAGUGUAUUACACUAAGAUAUUUGAUUAGUGUGUUUUUCUGCCUAUUUUCCAUACUGUACUGCAUCGUGCCCCAACCUCUUAAUGUUAACAUUUCUGAUGCUACCAUUAUAUUGUCUUCAGUUUUCUUUUUCUUGUAACCUCUUUGCCAUAGAAAAAGCCAAGCCAUUUGUAAAGUAAUAUAGGCCUUUUCUACAAAUUGAGAUUACUGUGAGUGCGCUGUGCUGCAGGUUAAUGUACCUUCAAGUGUUUUUAUUCUUAUUCUUAGAAGAAUAUUCUAGAAUGUAUGUCUUUCAUUCCCUUUUUUUUUUACUGCUUGAAGGAAGCAACAUAUCGAGUGCAAUAUGUGAUGUAACAUAGGCAGACAGGAAGGAGGUCUUUAGGGACAGCUUUAACAGUAUCAGGAAUGAAAUUCUAUUGCCUUAAGCUGUAGUAUGUAGGAUGUACCUUUAGAUCUGUUCACUGCAAGUAGGAUUUUUGUUUCAUCAGGUCUUUUCAGGGCUGAGGUGGGGGGGGGGGGUGGUCUAAUCCUAAACUGUAUUUUUUAAAACAAAAUGUGUUUUUGGACCUGAUUGCCAUUGAUGGACACUGUGUGAUAUACAAAUUUAGAUUGGCAGGUUUUCUUUUCAUUUUUUUUUAAUACUAGUUCAUGCUGUGACAUGUACACUGUAAAUAGCCUUUACCAAACUUACUAGCUUUUGAAAAGGACCACAUAUGCCAAUGCCAACCUAAGGUUACGGCUGUCACCGAAACAAAGCUCCGGGAUGGUUUUGUUUCUGACGCUUUGAAGAGAACGAGAAAGGAUGGUGUGUCGCUAUACGGUACUGACCUGUGGCACUGUCUGGUAACUACCUUUAUGCAUAUUUGUCACAGUGUAUAGCAGUGGAAAAAUACUGGUAUAGCUGCAGAAAACCUGCCUUAUUAAUGAUAUCAUUCUGUUGUUUUCCUAACCAAUAAUGAUGACUAAAUUUAAGCAGAUGUGUUUCUACCUGUUCCCAGAUCAUGGAAAACAAGUAUGUUUACGUGUUUCAAGCGUUUGUUAAAUGCAAUGACAUUUCUAAGUUGAUUUGUUUAAAUAAAUUGAUAAACUUCA